GGUUUGAAAUAUAAAUUGGUAAGUUUCACCGCCAUGUGGAAUGGUUUGGUGGUAAGCGAAGUUAGUGUGGUAGGGACGCAAAACGUCGCGAAUAAGCGCGCGAAACGCACGCGCACGCCAUCUUGAUUUAAAAAGUUUGAGGCCGUUGGUAUCGAUUCGUUUUCGAUUAAGUUUUCGAAUUUUGUUAUUCUAUCGUGUAAGAAUACGGAUUUUAUUUAAAAAAUUCAGAAAGGUAAAGGAAGUGGCUGUUGGUGCAUUCGCAGCGCAGUGCUGUGUAAUAAAGUGAUCGACUUUUGUGUCUGUGCUCUUGAUAAGUGAAUUGUCUAUGGUGUUGCAAAAUUUAAAAAUUUAAUUGUCAACAAUGCAGGGGUCGCGAUGGGAGGUGUUUUGGCUUCCAAUAAUGUUGGCGGCGUCUGUGUGCGGUAGUGACAUACUUAUGAUCACAAUGGGCGGCACCAAAUCACAUAAAAUGCCCUUUUGGGAGCUUGCUAGAGGAAUGAUAAGAAGAGGGCACAACAUAACCCUGAUGAGUGCGUUCCCUCCCGACUUUCACAUCCCCGGAUUGGAGGAGAUAGCCCCGGAGGGUCUGGCCUCUUACGUGCGAGGGUACAUGACCUUCGACCUGGUGGGAGCCCGAAUGAGGGGGGAAGAGCCGUUACCACUUUACGAUAUACUUAGAUAUGGAUAUGAGGCUUGCGAAGCGUUUCUUGAUGACUUCGAGACAAGAUCCUUCCUUCGUUCUGGAAGAACCUAUGAUCUUAUCAUACUCGACGGCGCGUAUCCAGAAUGCGCGUUGGGCGUGGUCUAUCGACUUAAAGUUCCCUUCAUGUACAUCAACACCGUUGGCUUCUACUCUGGUCCUGCCAGUAUGUCAGGAAGUCCUGCUCCGUAUUCCGUUACGCCAUUCUUUGGCAGAGCUUUCACUGAUAACAUGGGAUUCAUUGAUAGAGCAUUGAACUCAGUUUGGCUUGUCGGGUCUAUAUUUGCUCAUGGUUUCAGCAUGACAAUUCUACAAGGAGUUUUACGACGACAUUUCGGUCAGCAAAUACCCCAUGUGUACGAUAUGGCAAAGAAUGUCAGCUUUAUAUUACAAAAUGGACAUUUCUCUGUAUCCUAUCCGAGACCUUACCUACCAAAUGUCGCUGAAGUCGCCUGCAUCCAUUGCAAGGAGCCGAAAAAACUGAAUGCCGAUAUUGAAGAGUGGAUAGCUGGUGCAGGCGAAGCUGGUUUCGUGUACGUGUCCAUGGGGUCUUCAGUGAGGACAAAUAAGAUGCCACUUGCAGCCCAUCAUAUGAUUGUAAAGGCCCUUGGCCGGUUGCCACAGAGAGUUCUAUGGAAGCAAGACGCAGCACAGAACCUAACGGAUAUUCCUUCAAAUGUGAGGCUAUAUAAAUGGCUGCCACAACAAGAUUUACUCGGUCACCCAAGGAUAAAGGCAUUCGUAACACACGGUGGUCUCCUCAGCAUGUUUGAGACGGUGUAUCACGGGGUGCCAAUCGUUUCCAUUCCUGUCUUCUGUGAUCACGAGGCUAACGCAGCUAAAGCAGAGGUCGACGGCUACGCUAAAAUACUAAACCUUCAAUAUCUUACCUCUGAUAAACUUUACAGAGCUAUCAAAGAAGUUAUUGACGAACCUAAAUAUAAAAUUGAAGUAAAAAAGAGACAAAUAUUACUAAGAGACCAGAAAGAGACACCAUUAGAAAGAGCCAUCUAUUGGACGGAAUAUGUAAUUAGGCACAAAGGAGCCUAUCAUUUAUUGUCACCGGCCAAAGACCUCAACUUCUUCCAGUACUACCUUUUAGAUGUUGCUUUCGCUUUCUUUGUUAUUUUAAUUACUAUUUCAGUCCUUAUCUCUUUUGUUAUAAGGCGCAGUUUUAACUGGCUAGUCGAUUAUUUACAAAGUAGACGUAUGGACAAAUUACUCGAUAAUUCGAGUAACAUAUUAAAAAGUUCUAAAAAGCUAUAUGACAGCAAGACGAUAGUGAAGAAAAAUUUAUAAGUUUGAAAUUGUAUUUUAUUUUUUACUUAGGUUAGAUUAACUAUGGCUCAAAUUAAUUUAAUUCACUUUACGAUAAAGAAG